AUGGAUAUAACUAGUUUCUCUCAACAGGAAGGAGAGACAUUGUACGAAAUUUGGGAGCGCUAUCGGGAAUUACAACGAAGAUGUCCUUAUCAUGGUUUACCAGAUUGGCUAGUGGUCCAAACAUUUUACAAUGGUUUCACCUAUCGAACAAAGACGCAUGUAGAUGCGGCAGUACGAGGAGCAUUGAUGGGAAAGACAGCCGAGGAAUCUCAACAAUUGAUUGAAGAAAUGGCUGCUAAUAACUACCAAUGGGCCAACGAACAAGGUAAUACAAGGAGAACCGCAGGUAUGCUUGAAGUAGAUAUCUUGAAUAUGUUAAGUGCAAAGAUGGAUAAUGUGGUUAAAAUGUUUAAUAGGCAUGUUGGUUCUAACUCUAAUCAAGGAGUAAUUAUUGCAUGUUGUACUGCUUGCGGCGGAGAUCAUGAUGAUUCUAUGUAUUCUAGCAGCGAACAAAUUCAAUAUCUCAACAAUUACAACCGUCCACCUCAAAAUAAUCCAUACUCUAAUACCUACAAUUCAGGAUGGCAUAAUCACCCGAAUUUUGGAUGGAAAGAUCAAGGGAACCAACAAAGACCAAUUAAUCCACCGAAUUUUCAACCAAAACAACCACUUCCGGAGUCCAAACCAGCUUGGAAAAUGGCAAUUGAAAAGUUGGCAAAUGUAUCAAAUGAUAAAAUUGAAAAGUUAGCCAGUGCCACUACUCAACGGUUUGAAAGAAUUGAAGGAAGGAUGGACCAACCCACUAAUAUGUAUCGAAAUGUCGAAAUCCAAUUGGGGCAAAUAGCUAAUGCGGUCAACAAUCGCAACCAAGGGGACUUAUCUAACAAGACUGAGGUGAAUCCAAGGGAACAUGUGAAGGCCAUAACCCCCCAUAGUGGUAAGGAAGUGGGGGAGAAACUUGUAGUUGAAAGUGAAAAAGAAUUUGAAAGAAUAGAAAAUAAGCAGUUGAGUGAAUUAGGAGAAGAUGGCAAGAAAAUCAAAGGGAAAGAAAUUAAACCACAAAUUGGAGAUACAACACCAAUUCCUCCACCGUUGUCAUUUCCACAAAGAUUAAAGUUUUCGAAAAAUGACAAAGAAUUUGAGAAGUCUAUUAGACAUCCAAUGGGCAUAUUGGAGAAUGUGCUUAUUAAAGUACAGAAAUUCAUUAUUCCUGUUGAUUUUGUUGUUUUAGAUAUGGAGGAAGAUGUCAAUGUACAUAUUAUACUUGGUAGACCAUUUCUGGCCACUGCAGGUACAAUAAUAGAUGUUAAAUGUGGUAAGUUCAAAUUUCAAAUUCGUGAAGAGGAAGUGGAGUUUGAUUUGAGUAAAGUGGAGAAGUAUCCCUCUUUUACCGACCAUGUUUAUUCUGUUGACAUAUGUGAUGAAUUGGCAUUAUAG